UUUUUGCCUUUAAGGUAAACGUGAGGUAAACAGUGUUUUGUAAACGUAAGAAAUUUGAGGUUAACCUGUGUAUUUGAACCCGGUAUUCUUGUGCAUUUAUAUCCAGUAUAAUUAAUCAAAAAGCCAAACAAGAAAAAGAAACAUUUACUUUUUGUAACAAAUCAAAUUUUCAUUUUUUAAUAGCAACAUGGGUAAAAAAAAUAAAAAUAAGAAAAUGAGCGGCAUGGAAAAAACUGCUCUUAAAACGGAAAAAAAACUUAAUUCUAAACGAAAAAAAGAACUUUCUGAUGCUGGCGAGGAUGACAUUGAAAAAAUAAUAGCUAACAUCGAAAAAGAAGAAGCUAAACGUAAUCGAGUUACAGAAUGUAUUAUUGCACCACCUUCACGACGAGUAAACUUUACAUUAUCUGUGCAUCCAUUCAAAGAUGAAUUAAUUAUGUUUGGAGGUGAAUUUCAUAAUGGCCAAAAAACUAUUGUUUAUAACGAUCUGUUCUUUUAUAAUUUGAAUAAAAAAGAAUGGUCUGUUAUAAAAGUACCAGGUGCACCACCCCCGAGAUGUGGUCAUCAGGCGUCAAUUGUUCCAUCGGGUAAGGGAGAUUUAUGGAUUUUUGGUGGCGAAUAUACGAGUCAAUCAGAAUCUCAAUUUUAUCAUUAUCGGGACUUAUGGGUUUACCGUCUGGGGGAAAAGAAAUGGGAAAAAAUAACUGCGCCUGGUGGUCCAACAGCAAGAAGUGGUCACAGAAUGACUUAUAUGAAAAAACAAUUAUUUAUAUUUGGUGGAUUUCACGACAAUCUAAGAGAUUACAAAUAUUUUAAUGAUGUUUAUAUUUUUGACCUAAGUAGUUAUACGUGGAGUAAAAUAGAAGUAUCUGGAAAUUCACCUAAUCCGAGAUCUGGAUGUAUUGUGCUUCCAACUCCUGACAAUAAACUUCUUGUUUAUGGUGGUUACAGUAAACAGCGAAUAAAAAAGGAUGUUGAUAAAGGCCAAGUUCAUACAGAUAUGUUUCUUUUAGCUCCAGAUAAAAAUGAUUCAACUGGGACGAAAUGGAAAUGGACUUUAGUAAACCAAGGAGGAAUUAAAUUGUCACCACGUUGUAGUUCAACAGCAAUUUUAGUUCAACAAAAUUUAGCAUAUUUAUUUGGAGGUGUUUAUGAUGACGACGAUAAUGAAGAAGAUCUAAGCGGAAAAUUUUAUAAUGAUCUAAUUGCAUUGAAUUUAGAAAAAUAUCAAUGGUAUACAGUUACAUUAAAUCCAAAGCUUGAACAGGAAGAACGAAAAAAAAGAAGAAAGGAGAAAGGAACUGUAGAUGAAGAAGAAGAAGAAGAAUCGAUGGUUGUUGAAGAGCCAGUUGAAGAAAAAAUUAUUACAACCGAUGACGACGGUAUAUUUACGAUGACUGUUGGUCCAGCACCAAAGACAUCUAGUUCUGUGAUGGAAGAAACAAAACUCGAAUCAUUUACUCCCUGUCCAAGAAUUAAUCCAGGUUUAGCAGUCAAAAACAAUAAUUUAUAUUUAUAUGGAGGAAUGUUUGAAGAUGGAAAUAAACAAUAUACCUUCAAUGAUUUUUAUUAUCUAGACUGUAAGAAACUCGAUAAAUGGACCACAAUUAUCAAAGAUGAUUUAUCUUCUCAAGAGUGGCUCGGAAGUUCAAGUUCUGAAGAUGAAAGUACCGAUGAAUGUGAUACUUCAAGUGAUGAAGAAAGUCCUGUUGAAAUGGACAUUGAUAAAGAAUGAACAAUUGUAAAAUAUAAUGUAUCAAGAAUAAUAAUAAUUGUUUUUAUUAUUUGUAA